GAUGAACUACAUGACAUUUCAAUGGAUGUUCAAACUCUGAAUAAUGAAGAUAACUAUGAUGACAAUCCUUUAUUUAAUUUUGAACAAAACUUGUAUAAGCAAGCUUUAAACUUAACAGAACAUCAAGAUGAUUUAUGGAAAGAGCUUAAUGCUGAAGAUAUGAUUGAACAGGAUAUUAACUACGAGGAAAUUGAGGAAAUUGAGGAAAUUGAUAGUGAAUAUAGAAAUAUUGUAGAUAUUGGAUGUAUUGCAGAACAUUCAAAUGAUACUACAACUGCUCUUUAUCAUUUUGCAAAGUUAAUUGAGAUAGUGGCAGAGUCAGAAGAUGAUAAUGUGAAAAAACAUUUACUUCAAGCUCUAUAUCCAUGUCUAAAAAACUUUGACUUGAAUUCAUCAUCGACACAAAUAAAUAAGCUACCUAGCCUGUUUGUAGUUAAUACAGCUUUCAAAAUCAAAAAGUUAGAUUUUUCUAAACAAUUAAAACAAUUCACAUUGAAGCCUAAAAAAUGUGAAGAAUUUGGAGAUUUACUUGCCCUUGAAAUUUUAAAGUCACGUACUAGUUUAUCUUCACAUAAGGAGACAUUAGAGAGUCCUAAAACUUUACAACAAUAUUAUGAAGCAAUGCCAAAAUGUUUAACAAGCUUCUUUGAUGGUCUGAUUCUCACUUUGCAACUUAAAAAUUAUGAGAUAGUUAAACGAAAACAAAAAGAACGCAAAACUACAAUAACUGAGCUAAGCAAGAGUGAAAUAAUAAAAAUGGAAAAACGCAUUGCAAAGGGACGAGCAAAAAAGGAUUUGGAACCCUUGCUUCUUGGAAAAAAAGCCUCCCAAAGUAAAAAAAAGCGAAAUAUGGAAGAUAUAUCAUUAUAG